AUGCCCACACACCUUCCUCUUUUAUCCGGAGACCUGCGGAGAUUGCCUGUUCUCCUUUGCUUGUCUGAACUCUCCACCUGGACUAACAGUGGGGAUCUGACCGAACAAUUCGCUGAUGCCGAGUAUUCUUCUCAGAGCCAUCCUGGGAAUCCUUUAGACCGUGGAAACUCCAGUCGAAAGGGAUUCGGUGCACGAAUAAAGAAUCCGAAUCGUGUUCGUUGUCCGCAUUUUUCUGUGGCUGGUGAAGACGAAUCCGAGAAAAUCGAGAUACCCUGCCCACCAACCCGGAAAGUGCCUCGGAUAGAGCUAAUUUUAGCCGUCAUAAUGUCCCCUAAUAACCGGCAAAAUGCACAGAUACAUGGCUUAGUCGGAAAACCUCUGUUGUAUUUCACGAGUGUCUUCGUGUCUCUUGGUGUUUUCCUUUUUGGGUAUGACCAGGGUGUUAUGUCUGGAAUCAUCACUGGCUGGUACUUCAAGGAUUACUUUAACCAACCCUCACGAGCAGCCAUAGGUACCGUUGUCGCAAUUCUUGAAGUCGGGGCUUUUGUAUCGUCGAUACUCGUGGGACGAAUUGGUGACUUGAUAGGCCGUCGCAAAACUAUUUUGUAUGGUUCCAUUGUCUUCUUCAUCGGCGGCGCAUUGCAGGCCUUUGCAACAGGGUUAUCUAUGAUGAUGGUCGGUCGUAUUGUUGCAGGCUUAGGUGUCGGGGCGUUGUCUACAAUCGUGCCUGUUUACCAGUCUGAAAUAUCGCCUCCUCACAACCGGGGAAAACUAGCAUGUAUAGAGUUCACAGGGAAUAUCUCCGGAUAUGCGGCCAGCGUCUGGGUGGAUUAUUUCUGUAGCUUUAUAGAUAGUAAUUACUCAUGGCGCUUGCCAUUAUUGUGCCAGUGCAUCAUGGGUGCCCUUCUUGGUAUGGGAAGCCUCAUCAUCUGCGAGUCACCCAGGUGGCUGUUGGAUAAUGAUUAUGAUGAGGAGGGUAUGGUUGUUAUUGCAAAUCUCUAUGGGAGUGGCGAUCUUCACAAUGACAAAGCUAGGCAAGAGUACAGAGAUAUUAAGAUGAACGUCCUUCUCCAAAGACAGGAAGGCGAAAGGUCAUACGGGGACAUGUUCAAACGAUACCACAAACGGGUCUUGAUCGCAAUGUCGGCGCAAGCAUUGGCUCAACUCAACGGCAUCAACGUCAUCUCCUACUAUGCUCCUCUUGUGUUCGAAUCGGCAGGAUGGGCCGGUCGUGACGCUAUAUUGAUGACUGGGAUCAAUGCAGUAUCGUAUCUGCUUUCUACUGUGCCUCCGUGGUAUCUCGUGGAUCGCUGGGGGAGGCGACCAAUUUUACUCUCCGGAGCGGUGGCCAUGAUCAUUUCUCUGUCUCUUAUUUCCUAUUUCAUUUACAUUGACGUCGUGGCAACUCCAACCCUCACCGUCAUCUUUGUUAUGAUCUACAACGCUGCUUUUGGUGCAUCAUGGGGACCUAUACCAUGGCUUUAUCCUCCGGAAAUUUUGCCCUUGAGUAUUCGCGCCAAGGGUGCCAGUCUAAGUACGGCGGCAAACUGGGCCUUUAAUUGGCUUGUUGGAGAGGUUACUCCUGUUCUCCAGGCUGUAAUCAAGUGGCGUCUCUAUUUGGUGCAUGCCUUUUUUUGUGCGUGCAGCUUCGUACUUGUUUACUUCUUAUACCCAGAAACUAGUGGGGUCCGCUUGGAGGAUAUGAAUUUACUAUUCGGAGAUGCAACUACUGCUAUGCCGACGCCGGCCACCCAGGGAGAGCGCGGUUCCCUUAUGGGUGCAGGAUCACCUGUACCUUCACUCGAUAUUAGAAGGCAAUAUGGCCACUUGGGAGCAGAUAGCGCCAUACCUGGGCUGGACAUUGACCCGCCAAAUAUAGGUUCUAUUGUUAGCACCACACCUGCAAGGCCAGGCAUCUGGGAAGAUAGUGCUAACAGACUUGAGGGUUUUGGUGGCUGGAUUUCAAACAUGAUAACUCGACGUAAAGAUUCCGGGCUACCUACACCAGCCAAUCAGUAUAGACGUCUUGGACAAGAGGAGAAUGAAUAGGAAUUCGCGGUCGGCCGCUUUGAUUGCAAUGGUGAUAUAA